AAAAGAUGAAAGCAGCAGCGAAUUCAUCGAGCGCCGCAACGCAGCCAAAACAGCAAGCGCAACACCUGCAUCCCAACAAAAGCAACAACAACAAUACAAACCUAUGGCAAACAUUAAAAGCUGUUGCCGCAACGCUGCUGCCACUGCUGUCGCUGCUGGCGUUUCUGCUGCUUCUCAGCGACAGCGCAACGCCAGCACAGGCGACGCCCGUCUUCGUCGACAAUCCGAGUUUAGCACAGUUUCAAUCUGGUCGUAAUAUACGACAUUUACCCUGCAUUGUGCGAAAGUCUGGUCGCUCGGGUGUUUGUAUGUUCGCCAUCGAUUGUAUUAAACAGAAUGGCACACAUUUAGGCACGUGCAUUGAUCGUUUCUAUUUUGGUUCAUGUUGUCAGCUGAAGGAUGACGCUGCACUUUUCGCGCCCGAAAUCAGUGACAAUAGCAUCGAUCAGAAUACGAUUUCACAUUUUCCCCACGAGUCGACCACACUGCCUACCAGCACACUGUUCAAACUCACCACUACCGGACCGCACCACACAGUACAAAGUAGCAGCAACAGUAUUAGCGAAACGGUGAGGAAUGUAACACAAAGCUAUUUACAACAAAACAGUCACCUUCACGGCACUAAUGGCAGUAGUAGCAGCGACAAAGGUGAUACAACACCCAUCAUAACCACGAACAGUCCAAAACCAGUUAAGUUGACCACAACUGCUGCACCGAAACGUCCACCAGUGCAGACCACACAGAAAACGUCACAGUUUGUUGUGCGUACCACAGCGAAGCCAACUGUUGCGCCAACAACAAUAAAACCACCAAGACGCAAAACUACAGUUACGCGACCUGUGCUCACCACCACUUCAAACACACAACUGGCUACGCGAGUGGAAGUCACCACACAGCCACCAAAAUUCUUCACAUUUCAGAUUGUAGAGACGACGACGCCAUCGGCAGCGGAGGGUAAUAUCAAAUUAGAUGAAGUGCCCACCACGCAACGGCCAGUACACACCACGAAUCGUUAUCGACCACGGCCGACAACUACCGAAGUGCCGACACAGUUUGUAACGACCACCCUUAAGCCAACAGAUCCGGCUAGAUUUACCACGCGACCUAGACCUUUGAUUAAUCGACGACCGACGACUAGUCGGAAACCGCCGCAGACAAAACCACGUCCAUCGUCAAGCGCUAAACCCACUAGGCGGCCAGUGGAUACCGACGCCAACGAAGCGGUGAAACCAAUUUUAUUGAAUGUCACCACAACCGGCAGUGCUGCCGUGGCAACAACGCAUCGUCGACCAACACCGACAACAGCUACAACUAUAAACAAUGAUGAGUUCCCCACCACGGUGCAAGAAACCAAAGUGCCACAACCAGCGGAGUCAGUGGCGCUAACGACUCAUUUGCCCAGACCACGACCCCAACCAACAGCAGAAAUUGUGAAGGCGCCCAAACCAAGUGCGGGCGCUGGAACUACAACGGCGGUACCGGCAACAACAACUUCUACAACAACAACCGCUGCGCCCACUACAACACGAGCUACAACGAAGCGUCCAAGCAGUACAACAACGCGCACGAAACCAACAACGCCCAGCACCACCACCACCACUACAGCAAGAACAACAACAACGCAGAAAGUAACAACGUCAAAGCCAACGACGUCGAAGCCGCAUAGAACCACUACAACAACAACCACUACAACAACAAAAGCACCUAUCAGCAGCACCACACCAAAAUCACCGACCUUGACUACGGAGUCGCCUAAAGACGAGCCGCCAAUGAUUGAGUUAACCACAACAACGCCUGGUUUAAUAACUUGGACGAAUGUGGACAACGAGCCGACGACCAUCAAUGCAACUUUCGAGUGGGGUCCGCCACCAACUGCACUCACGCCAGAUGUUAGCAAUAAAACAGCUGAUGCACCGGUCACCACAAAUGCCACAGUUUUCACCACAUCAUCGCCACCCAUCACCAGCACCAUGAUAUCCGUUUCAACCAGUAUUAGUGAAAUUAUGAGCAACAUAACCUCCAUUAUGCCCAAACCAGAACGUCCAUCGUCGGUGAUGAGCACACGUCCACCCAAACCAAAGCCAACUAAGACGACGGAGAGUCCAGCGCCGAGCACGACGACUACGCCGAGUAGUACGAGCACAUCCACAACCACAACGACAACAACAACGGCGAAACCGAAACCCAAGCCCACAAUACCGUCAACAACAAGCACCUCAACAACCACCACCACUACAACAACAACUGAGUCACCCAUUGAAGUAGUGGAAGAAACAGCGUCAUCAACAACGAGCGCCGAGCAAAGCACUGAAGGUUUCUCCACCACUGGCAGUGGCAUCUUUGGCACCACCGAUUAUAGCACCGAAGAUUUUAAUGCCACAUUGUCGUCUUCGACAUCGGCGCCGGUGAAUUCGCUGGAAGGCAUGGAUUACAGACAAAUUUGUGGUCGCCGCAUGUUCCCCGAACCGCGCAUUGUGGGUGGCUCUAAUGCUGCUUUCGGCCGUUGGCCAUGGCAAAUAUCUCUGCGACAGUGGCGCACAUCGACUUAUCUACAUAAAUGCGGUGCAGCGCUGUUGAAUGAAAAUUGGGCCAUCACAGCGGCGCAUUGUGUGGAAAAUGUACCACCAUCUGAUCUCUUGUUGCGCAUGGGUGAAUACGAUCUGGCGGAGGAAGAGGAACCUUACGGCUAUCAGGAGCGACGUGUGCAGAUUGUGGCCUCUCAUCCACAGUUUGAUGCGAGAACUUUCGAAUACGAUUUGGCGUUGCUGAGAUUCUAUGAGCCAGUCGUCUUCCAACCCAACAUCAUACCGGUUUGUGUGCCCAACAGUGACAUCGAUUUCGUUGGUCAAACGGCAUUUGUCACCGGCUGGGGGCGACUCUACGAAAACGGCCCACUGCCAAGCGUGUUGCAAGAAGUUGCUGUGCCGGUCAUCAACAACACAAUCUGUGAGUCCAUGUAUCGCGUAGCCGGUUUUAUCGAACACAUACCACACAUCUUCAUCUGUGCGGGCUGGAAGAAGGGCGGCUACGAUUCAUGUGAAGGUGACUCGGGCGGUCCAAUGGUGCUGCAGCGCGAAGACGACAAGCGCUUCCAACUGGGCGGCGUUAUCUCUUGGGGCAUUGGCUGUGCGGAGGCCAAUCAACCGGGCGUUUAUACACGCAUCUCCGAGUUUAGAGAUUGGAUAAAUCAAAUACUGCAGUUCUAA